AUGCAAUCGCUGCUUUCGCCAACCAAGGAAAAGCAGAGGAAGCAGAUCGAGAAGGGGAAGAAGAUUCUUGAGCGGUACAGGAACCGAAAGUCAGCCAAUGCCAACAUUGUACCUUACCACGACAAGGAGAAUAUUCCGAAUCAAUGCAGCACAGUGACCAACUCGCCCAGGAUUGAUCGACCCCAGCAGACCAACAACAAGCAACCUCUGGGGCUUGUCUGGCAAGUGAACAGAGUAGACAGUGAGGCUCUGUCCGACAAGAACAACAGCAAGGCAGCGAAUCCGGCUCCACGUGACCCCGUGCUGCUGUUGGAGAAAAUUACUAACCUCGAGCAGAAUUGCGAUUCCCUGCAGAGAUGCAUUGAAAGCAUUCUGGCAGCACAGAUCCAUCGCAGUCAGACGAACGCUCUAGAUCAAGUAGAGAGAGAUAAGCUGCUACAGCGUAUCCAGGAGGCAACGGAACAGAACCGUUUGUUGGAGGCAAGGUGCAAGAACCUAGAGGAUAAUGAGGGGUCGAAGUCACAGCAACUCGUCGAGUUUGAAGCACAGCUGAAGAUUGAGCGAAAUCGAGCCGCAGCUCUGGAAGAAGAGUUGAACUCGAACAGGAUCUUAGACGAAUCGUUGAAGGUGAGCAAUGAAGAAAUGGAAUUCAAGGAAAACCAACUGAAAGACGAGCUACAAUACAUCAGCAUUGAGUACGAGAAACUUCUGAAGUAUUGUGAAGCCGUCACGUUCGAAAGAGAUGAUCUCUACAGAAAAUUUCGGGACUACACUUUCGAAAAAGAUCUUGAAAUCAGAACGCUGCAUGAGGACAUGUUGGAGCUACAAGAAAACAAGCGCUCGCUACUAGAGAGGUGCUCCUUCCUCGAAGAUCAAAACCUGGCUUUCGAACAACUGCGGGACGCUUGGACGCAAGAACAGGGGAAGAUGGAGCUUGAACGAUCCCAUUUAGAGCUCGAAGCAAGAGAGGAGGUGCAACGAUUAAGGGCGCUGUGCGAUGAGUUGGAGGUGGAAAAAGAGAAGCUCGACCAGGAACACAGGGAAGCACAGAGAGCGAAGGAGCUGUUGCAAGCACAACUCCAUCAGCGAGGCAGUGAGGCUCAGGAGUCAAUGGUUGAGUUGAAUGAGCACAAGGCAGAUUUCGAGUUCCGAUUGAAGGAACAAGAUCAGAUGCACAGAGAGAUUUCAGGGCACCUUCAGCUACUUGCUAAGGAAAAGACACAAUUACAACGAACAGUGAUGGAGCAACAGCGAACUUUGAUGGUUUACCAAAAUUUGCUUGAAGAUUGCCGAGCCAGAGCUUUGGAUGUUCAAAGUCUCCUAACUGACGUUCCUGACAUGAAGGACAUCGCAAAAGAUUUCAGAAACAUGUCUAUGAUUGUACAGACUCUUCAGCAAGAGCUUAUAACUCUAAGAGAAGAAAACGGUCAACUGUCUGAAAGGCAAGAAAAUGUCAACGCUAUCGCAAGUUCGACUGCAGACGCUGCGUCGCAGUGCCGUGCUGACAGUCAAGAUCAUGGCUCUAGAGACAGAGACCUUCUCCCUCCCUCAAUGGUACAAGAAUUUUCGGCAAUGAUGGAAGAUAUGAAGUCUCUCAGCCGCGAGUUGUCGAGAUGGAAGGAGGAACAAUGUCAAACUUAUCCAUCGCACGCAGCUGUCGAGUACCCGACCGACCAGGCUCUCGUGGCUGAUCUCAUCUCGCAACCCAAGUGUGAGUUACUUGACCUGCUCUCGGAUAUCCUCCAUCUCCGAAGAGAGGUGUCCGCCUUCAAUAUGCUGCAGAUUGACUGGGGCUACAUCAAGAAGAAUUGCUCGGAGGGCUCCAGCGGACUCGAUGAUGCUAGGAAGGAGAUUUUGGCACUGAGAAAUAGAUUCAGCGAUGAGAAACGAGCUGUGGGACCCCAGUUCUAUCCCGUUGGCAAAGACUUGAUCUUAGAGUUCUCGAACUGUGUCGAAUCUGCGCAGGAGAUCGUUGGAGCUCUGAGCCAUGGAAUUGACAAGACAGGAGGACACUAUCAAGGCAGGCAAGGGGGCAAUGAGAGUUCGACGGCAGAUGCCGAGAGAUCAAUCGCUGUUGGUAUGGCCGAGUGUGAAACAAGGUGCGAUGAGAUCUGCAACGUCAUCGUCUCGCUGCGCAAUCAGCUGGAAGUGCGAUGGCCCGAGAACCACAACUUGCGCAAGAACUUUGAGACAGUCCUCCUGGAGAAUUCAGAGUUGAGGUCCUUGUUGAUGCAGUUGAUCGUGCAAUGUGAAAGAAUGGUGAGGAUUCAAAGUUUUGAAACGACAACCUUCCUCGACGACAGGAGAUAUCCGAGUGACACACCUUUAGACCCAAGUUUGGCAGAUAUGGGCAGUGGUAGAAGCAAGCUCGUAGAGCUGAAGGGCCUACUAGAGAGUUACUCGAGCGUGAACAACUCUCUGAGGUACAGGCUAGAAGCUCUGGACGAUGCGGGCUCGGGAGAGAGGCGAGGAGGCGUGUCACAGUACCAUUUGCAGAAAGAACAGGUGAUUCAAGUUGUUCAAUCGGUCUCAAAGAAGCUCGACGAGAUAUCAUCGCAAUACAACGAAAAAGAGCAACAGUUCUUUGUGAUUUGUGAAGCUUGUAAGGAACUGAUGGAUAUCAGCGUUCAGUAUGCGAAGGAGAGCGCCGAAGCAGUGCGAUGUCUUUCCCUCAUGGAAGACAAAACUUGCCAACUUGAAGGGUGGUUGAAUCACAUUGACAAGAGGAAUCAGGCACUGCUGGAUGACAGGAUCAGAUUGGAAGAGGUUCUGGAGGAGCAGACCAACAUCAUGCAGGCCCUGAUGCGGGAGGUUGAGACGCUCCGCCCCCACGAUGACGUCACUGCGCCAGACUGCAAGGCGUUGAACCGCAUCGACGAGUCGCCGGACCGUCACGAAGCGAGUCAGUUGAGCGAUCAUCCCACCUGCGGGGAAAGCUUCGUGAAUAUGCAGCCCCGCCCGCAGGACGACCGUGACGAGCAUCAUGAUCUGGAGGAAGGAACUUCGCAAAUUUGGGGCGAACCAUCCAGCAAGGGUGUCCCUUCCCUCGGGUCGGGCACCUUCAAGGUAGAACGAUGGAAAGUCCAGCUGGGCAGCUCCUGCGAGACAGGCUUCCUACCCGUCACCUCCCAUCAUGCUGAUGCCGAAGUGACGGUCUGCGGGAACGCUCACACUCAUGUCAACAUCAUCCGCCAGCCCGACGAGACUUCGAGCAUUGAGAAGACGAUGUGGAGCAGCGAGCCGUCGGGGAGGAAGGUGCAGCAGUGGCUGGAGCGAGCUCAUCAGAUGCUAGAGGAGGAGGAGGAGGAGGAGGAGGAGGAGGAGAGCAGGGACGAUGUUCAUAGCACAAAUACCCGCAGCGCCCCUGUAGACAACGGUCUUCCCUCCAACGGAGAGUCUCUCCUCAUGUUCAAACGAGUCGCUGCGCUCUCCCGAGAGAGGGUCGAGCUGAACGAGGUUGUCCACCUCCUCUCCUGUGCCGCGAAGAAGUGCGUCGAAGAUCCGUCGAUAGGAAGCAGCUCCAGCUCCAGCUCCAGCUCCAGCUCCAGCUCCAGCUCCACCACCCAAGGCAUCCACGAAGGAGCCAGGAGGAGGGAGCCGGAGUCGAGGCAGAGACGGCUCGGUGGCCAGGAAGAGCUUUCCGAGGACGCUUUCACCCGUAUCCUCCUCACAGAGAUGGAGUUCGAGCUACGGGGCGAAGAGGAGGACGAGGAAGCAUGCCCGACCCUCUUCGAGGAAGCUGUGCUCGACAAGGGUGGGGGUAACCAGGCUCCAGAGGUCAACAAGAGGAGGAGGGAAGAAUUUCAAUCUCUAUGGGACCGCGAAGAGCAGAAGCGAGCGUUGGCUGGGAGCAGACAUGGACGGAUCUUUGACGCCAACAAGCAGCAGCAUCAUCGCACGUGGGAGGUGGCGGACCCAGUGAUCCGCCGAGCCAACGCGCAGCCUCAACUCGACCUUUGA